UUGGGCGUUGCGUCGCGACAGACGCGAAAAGAAUUCACGUUUCUCCGUGCAACGGAGCCAAAGAAUACUUUCGAGAGAAAGAGAGAGAGGAGAAGAGAAGACAGGUGGAGAGACGACGCAGAAAAAGCUCAUCUCCGAUCUCUCCCUCAAAAGAAGAGAAAACCCAAGAGAAAACCCCUUCUCUCUCGCUGUAUAUAUCUAUCUUCCAAUGGCCUUGAAUAUGAAAACCCUAACCCAGGCGCUGGCCAAGACGGCCGCUGUGAUCGAGAAGACGGUCCAAACGACCGUACAAGAAGUCACCGGCCCCAAACCCCUGCAGGACUACGAACUGCUGGACCAGAUCGGAUCCGGUGGUCCCGCACUCGCAUGGAAGCUCUACUCCGCCAAGCCCCGCGGGACCACCACUUCUCAGUACCCCCUCGUCUGCGUCUGGAUCCUCGACAAGCGCGUCCUCUCCGAGGCCCGCUCCCGCGCUGGCCUCUCCAAGGCCACCGAGGACGCCUUCUUCGACAUCAUCCGCGCCGAUGCUUCAAAGCUCGUCCGCCUUAGACACCCUGGUGUCGUACACGUCGUGCAGGCCCUUGAUGAGAACAAGAAUGCGAUGGCGAUGGUAACCGAACCGCUCUUUGCGUCUGUCGCCAAUACUCUGGGUUCCGUCGAUAACAUCGCCAAGUUGCCCAAGGAGCUCAAAGGGAUGGAAAUGGGGUUAUUGGAGGUCAAACAUGGUUUGCUCCAGGUUGCAGAAACUUUAGAUUUUCUCCAUAACAAUGCGCAUCUUAUUCACCGGGCAAUAUCACCUGAGACAGUCUACAUUACUUCUAGCGGAGCUUGGAAGCUUGGUGGGUUUGGUUUUGCAAUUUCUGCAGGUCAGGCCACAAGUGAUUUGAAUACUGUGCAGCCUUUUCAUUAUUCGGAGUAUGAUGUUGAGGAUUCUGUGCUGCCUCUUCAACCUUCUCUAAAUUACACUGCCCCUGAAUUGGUUCGGAGUAAACCAUAUGCAGCUGGAUGUUCUUCAGACAUGUUCAGUUUUGGAUGUCUUGCUUAUCAUCUUACCGCACGCAAACCUCUCUUGGAUUGUCACAACAAUGUCAAAAUGUACAUGAAUAGUUUGACAUACUUGACACACGAGGCCUUCUCAAGCAUUCCAUCAGACUUAGUUUCUGACUUGCAACGGAUGCUAUCUGUGGAUGAAACUUCCAGACCAACUGCAUUGGAUUUCACAGGUUCUCCAUUUUUUAGGGAUGAUACUAGGUUGCGUGCUCUUCGCUUCCUGGACCAUAUGCUUGAACGGGAUAAUAUGCAGAAAUCUGAGUUUCUAAAAGCAUUAUCAGAUAUGUGGAAAGACUUUGAUGCUCGUGUACUGCGUUAUAAGGUACUUCCACCUCUUUGUGCAGAGCUCCGGAAUGUGGUUAUGCAGCCAAUGAUUUUACCCAUGGUUCUUACUAUUGCAGAAUCCCAGGAUAAAAAUGAUUUUGAGCUUUCAACAAUGCCGGCAUUGAUUCCUGUAUUGAAUUCUGCAGCAGGCGAGACACUAUUGCUGCUAGUGAAGCAUGCAGAUUUGAUUAUUAAUAAGACCAGUCAGGAACACUUGAUUGCACAUGCCCUUCCGUUGCUUGUUCGGGCUUAUGAUGAUGUUGAUCCUCGUAUCCAAGAAGAGGUUUUGCGAAGAACCGUCCCCUUUGUGAAGCAACUUGACACGCAGCUAGUGAAGCAAGCUAUUUUGCCUCGAGUUCAUGGGCUGGCUCUUAAAACUACAAUUGCAGCAGUACGAGUGAAUGCACUGCUUUGUCUGAGUGAUUUGGUUCACUCACUUGAUAAGCUUGCUGUUCUGGAAAUCUUGCAAACACUGCAACGUUGCACUGCCGUGGACCGUUCUGCACCUACGUUAAUGUGUACUCUCGGGGUUGCAAACUCAAUCCUCAAGCAGUAUGGCGUAGAAUUCACAGCUGAGCAUUGCCUUCCUCUACUUAUGCCGCUGCUUAUUGCACAGCAACUGAAUGUUCAGCAGUUUGCCAAAUACAUGCUUUUUGUGAAAGACAUCCUUAGGAAGAUAGAAGAGAAACGAGGUGUGACUGUUAGUGAGUCUGGAACCCCAGAAGUUAAAAUCACACAUUCAAUGGCUAAUGGGCUUCAGACUGAACCCUUACAGAAAGCAGGCGGAACUGUAUCUUCUUCGACAAAGAGCAGCUCAUCAUGGGAUGAAGAUUGGGGUCCGACAAGGAGGGGACCACCCACAACCAACAUCCGAUCUUCGGAGCCAAACUUGUUGUCCAUGCAGGCAAUGGCACCGAUUUCACAGCCCACCCAAGAUGCACCCUUGCAGUUCCAGUCCUCUGUAUCUGUGCCCAGCCAACAAACUGCGUUGUCAUGUCCUGCUGUUGAUAUAGAGUGGCCUCCUCCAACCUCAUCCUCUGGUUUGGUCCCUCAAGUGGGUGGUAAUGAGAAGCUGAUGGAUGGCUCUCAAGGGUCUUCCGGUGCUACUUUUGAUGAGAUAGAUCCUUUUGCUGAUUGGCCUCCACGACAGAGUAACUCAGUCGGCGUUUUGGGGUCCACUACGAACAGCGGUAUCACGAACUCAGGGCCAAACAAGAAUAGCCAGGACAGCAUAGGCCAUGCAAUGAACAACAAGCCGAUCGGGCUCUCCAUGCAAAACUAUGGAAACUCAGGUUUGAACAUGAUGAGUAACCAGUCCAGCCUAGGUUUCGCAACGACCAACAAUCCUAUUGGAGUAUCCAAACAGUAUCAGGGGACCUCUAUGUCAAGUAUUAGCAAUCCGAAUGGCAUGGGCUCCAAUGCCAGUUCUAUUGGGCGUGCUAAACAAAAUCAGAUGAAUGCUGCGUUGGGUAUCAGGAACUUGGCGGCCCCGAGCAACACCGAGGCAAGAGCAACCGACAUUGGAUCCAUAUUUGCAUCUUCCAAGAGCGGGCAUACCAUGCCGAAACUUGCCCCACCUCCGCAAACUGCUGCAGGGAGAGGACGGGGUAGAAGUCAAGGAACAUUGCGUUCUGGUAAUGCGAAAGCGCCAUCUGGGCAGCCGCCCAUUUUGGAUUUGCUGUAGUGGGUAGCUGCUUGUUCUGGUUGAAAAACGGUACCAGAUCAACCCCUGUAGAUUAUAUAGGCAAACCGGCAUUGUGGAGAAA